UUGACGUUUGUCAUAUUUUCAAAAACAUUUUCCUCAAAAAAUGAUUUUUAUAUCUACCCAUGUUGUUUACUGUGUUAUUCGCUUAUUUUGUUUAUAAGAGUAAUCUGUAGUAUUUAAAAAUUUUAUUAUGGAGUAUUUAAAAGAUUACGAUAAUGCAGACACAAUCAGUAUUGAUACAUUGGCGCUUGAGGAAGCCGUACAAGACGAACGAGAAAGAGAGAUAUCGGAAUUAACUUCACUUAGUAAAAAAGUAUGUUUUCUUCAUACAAGUAUACUGUACUACAGAAAUACGAAAUCGAAACUGGGAGCUACUUGCCAUGAAGCCUGGAGGACGCUUAUUAAGAAGAUAGGGGGUUCUCCGAACACUUGGAGGGAACUUGGUUAUUCAUUAGGUAUAUCGCAAGAUGAUUUAGAUUACAUCAUGAGUACAGUAAGAGAAGAUCCGGCUGACACAGUACUUAAAGUCUUUAUGCAAAAUGAGAACGCAACCUUAGACAAAAUCCUCGAUGCAUUAGUCAAAAUGAAACGUUUCGAUAUCCUGAAAUCUAUUGACAAUCCAUUCAGUAUUUUAUCACAGUCUUUCUAUAAAGAGGAUAGUGGCUACCAUAGCGGUAGCAAAACGACAGGAACAAGAGAAAUCAUAAGUUUUACAAAGAACUUACCAAAUUAUUUACCACCAGCUUUAAACAAAUCAAUGAUAAUCAAGGAAUCUAAAAAACCUGAUAAACCAACACUGAGACCACCGAUCAAGACUGAUGAUACAAAGAUAGAAAAGGAGCAGCCGAUUCUAUUUUUGACAUUUACCGAAGAUGGCUGGGCAACGGCAGUUAAUAUCAAACAAUAUGUAGAAAAUUGGACAGAUGUACCGGCAGUAAGUGUAAUUACACUUAAUGAGAGAAGGGAUGAAGUUUAUCAGAAUCCUGAAAAGUUUAUUAGGGAAUAUUUUGAAAAGGCUGAUUUCAUAGUUCCAAUAAUAACAACAGGGUAUUUAAAUGAAAUAAGAUCUCAUGCACCAAGAGUACAUAACACAAUUGAUAAUUUGGACUUCAAAUAUGCCAGUUUUAUAUAUAAAUUGAUAAUCAACCAUUAUAUACAUGCAUCUGGUUGUCUUAAUGAAAAAGUUCGCAGUGUAUUGCCUCAAAACGCAGAAGUCAAUGUUCUUUCAGAUAUUAGAAUGUUUCCUGACUUAACACCUUGGACUUACGAAGAAAACUUUGAUGAGAUGUUUAAAGUGUUUUUGAAUAAAGAAUACUCAAGUUUUUAAACAGGAACUUAAUAGUAGUGAACUAUAGCAAUAUUACAAGGAAACAGUGGUAUUAAAUUUUUCAUGAAAUAUACUAGAUUGAGAUAAAUUUACAUUCUUGAAAGUACAAACAUUUUUAAUUGUUUAAUUUAGAAUUUAAAAUAUAUAUGGAUUGUUAAAAACAGGAAAUUUGAAGCAGGGAGUAAAUUUAUAUGUUAAUAUUUAUAGAAAUGUAUCUUAAUAUUAUGAACUGUGUUGACCCUCCAUAGAAAAGUGUAGAUUGAUGUUAAAUAUCACUAUUUACAUAUGUUAAGGUAUAGUUAUUUUGUAUUAUUAUUAUUAAUUUUUGACAGCUGUAAUAAAUAAAA